CUCUCUCUCUCUCCUAAUAAUCAAAACUAACAGAAAUCCAACAGAAAUUCUUUAACAGUCACAUUUCACCUUUUUUUCUCUUUUCCUUUUCCUUUUCUUGAAAACAAAUACAGACAACACAACAGAAAAAAGCAAAGCCUUAAACACAUCAAACACUCAUCACUUCAAAAUUAAAACAUGAACCAAAAUAGGACCCAAUCUCUCUCACCCUUUAAUCUCGGACUAUUCUUAUUCCUGUCCACCCGCAAAUCCCGCAUGCACCAACUCGACAAACACUCUUAACCCAUUUCCCCAACCAAAAAUCUAUUUUGUUUUUCCCAAAAUCUAAAAUGUUGAUGUAAUGUCAUAGUUUUUGCUAUACCCAAAUUUAGUAAUCCAAAAAACGAGGACCCAUUUUCCCAAUCUGGGGUUUUGUCCUGGAUUCGGGUUUAUGGGUUGCGUUAUCUCCAAAAAACGCUCAUCCGUGGCUGCCGGAGCUGCUGCUUCUUCCUCCUCGCCGUCUCUGGGUUUUGUCGAUCGGAGCACCAAUGUUUCGUCAAGACAGCCAUCUGGGCCUUUGAAUUGUGAUCCCAAAUGUAAAAAGGACAAGAAUGAUGCUGAUCGUAAUAAUGAUGAUCAUAAUAAGAAGAGUGAGAAGGAGAGGAAUGGGUUUGAUAGUCUUGACAAGUUUAGGAGGAGAAGCUCGAGCAGAAAGAGUGCGAGUUUUAGUUUUAAAUUGGGGUUUUCUCAUCGGCAUAAUGGUGGUGCUGAAUAUAUUGCUGCUGGGUGGCCUAGUUGGCUUAGUUCUGCUGCUGCUGAAGCUAUUAAUGGUUGGGUACCUCUACGAGCUGAUUCUUUUGAGAAAUUGGAGAAGAUUGGACAAGGAACAUAUAGCAGUGUGUUCCGAGCUCGAGAAGUUGAGACCGGAAGGAUGGUAGCUCUGAAAAAGGUUCGCUUUGAUAAUUUUCAGCCGGAAAGCAUUAGGUUUAUGGCACGCGAAAUUCUGAUUCUCCGCAGGCUUGACCACCCCAACGUUAUAAAAUUGGAGGGAAUAAUUACAUCUCGAUUGUCGAGUAGCGUAUAUCUCGUAUUUGAAUAUAUGGAACAUGAUCUUGCCGGAUUAUCUUCUUCUCCGGAUGUCAAAUUCAGCGACUCUCAGGUCAAGUGUUACAUGAAGCAACUAUUACAUGGGAUUGAGCACUGUCAUUUACGAGGUAUAAUACAUCGAGACAUAAAGGUGUCCAAUAUUUUCGUCAACAAUGAAGGGAUUCUGAAAAUAGGAGAUUUUGGUUUGGCAAAUAUUCUUAACCCAAAGAACAAGAAUCAAUUAACCAGUCGCGUUGUAACUUUAUGGUAUCGGCCUCCUGAACUUUUGAUGGGCUCAACAAGUUACGGAGUAUCUGUGGAUCUAUGGAGUGUGGGUUGCGUAUUUGCAGAACUUCUCAUUGGAAAGCCUCUCCUAAAGGGGAGAACCGAGGUUGAACAAUUACACAAAAUCUUCAAGCUUUGCGGUUCUCCUUCUGAAGAGUACUGGAAACAGUGUAAGCUUCCAAAUAUUAGCAUAUUUAAGUCCCAACAUGUUUAUGAAAGUUCGGUUAGAGAGAGGUGUAAAGAUUUCCCUACAACCGCCGUGGACUUGAUAGAAACCUUCCUCUCAAUAGAGCCAGAUAAGCGCGGAACUGCCUCCUCUGCUCUUUUCUCCCCGUACUUCAAUACCGCACCAUAUGCAUGUGAUCCAUCAAGCUUGCCAAAGUAUCCACCUAACAAAGAAAUUGAUGCCAAACAACGAGAUGAAGUGCGGAGAAAAAUGGCUGGUGGCAGAAAAAGAGAUGCAGGAGCACACAAAAAAUCAAGAAAAUUUAUUAGAGUUUCGCAAGAACAUAACAUUCUCAAUAAAUAUGCAUCUAAACAGGAAAUGAAAGAAAAUACUCAAUCUGUUUCUAAAAUCAAUGACGGUCACGUCCAGACGAAGAAGGGAAGAGAAGAUAUGAACAGAGAACCGAGUUCUUCGUUUGACACAGUUUCAGAAACUUCCCAAGCAACAAAAGAGGAAUUCAUUUUCACGGGUCCAGCACCGGUGGUAGCAUCAAGUGGCUUCGCAUGGGCAAAAAGGCGGCAGGAGGAUGCAUUGUCGACAAUAUCGUGUACAGAAUCUUUGACAAAGAGUCAAGUUAGUGCAUUAGACUCGACAAGUUUCAACUUUGCAAACAGUUCCUAUAACGUAACGAAUAAACCAGAAGGAGGACAUGGCUCUCAUGAGGUCACAUCAAACCAUGCAAUGCAGAAACGACGAAACAGACAUAAUUCAUCAGAUUCUUUUGAUGGGACAAAUGCUUACUAUUUCCAAAAGGCAAAUGAUGAGUAUAAUGUGGAUGAGGAUAAAGAAAGGGAAAAGAUUGAAUUUUCUGGACCGUUGUUGACUCAAGCAUAUAAAUUUGAUGAACUAUUGCAAAGGAAUGAAAGUCACAUACGCCGAGCAGCUCGCAGAUCAAGAAUAUACAAAGAAACCUAAAUCCUAAUAUUUUUUGGCAGUUGAAGACACUUCAAACCAUUAAAGAAGGCAAUGCUUUGGAAGAAUUGGUAGCUAAUUUGAGACAUAGUGAAACUGCACUAUAGGUUUUGACGUUGAUGUUCUUUUGAGUUCAAUAUGUGUUCAUAUCCAUUAUAUUAGCAGCUUAUGAAAAAAAAAGUUGUAAUCUUUUAAGGCAUAAUAAUGGACUGAUCACAUGAGAAUUUGAAGAUCAGGUGACCUAAAUUGAAGGAAAAAGGGAAAAAAGCAAAAAUUUGUUUAACACAACAUAAAAUGCAAUAGAAGUUUUCAUUUUUAACA